CCUAAAAUCGUCAGCCCCAUUCGACCGGCGCCGCCACCACUUCCCCCCUCUGUUGGUGGCCGGUGCUCGUCGGCUAUUGUUGGGCGACGUAUUGCAUAUAUUCGGCACGUACAGGGCUCUCUCUCUCCACUGGUCGCCUCUUCGCGUUUCUUCCGAAAAUCCCAAAGUCGCCGGUCCAAUUCGACCACCGCCGCCUCCGCUUCAGUCAAUUUCUGUAUCCCCUUGGUUCGUCGGCUCCAAAUUUCUGGUUUUCGUUGGUUACUGUGAAACCCCUAAAAUUUCACAGAUCUAAGACGAGCGGCCGCCGAUCUCGACCACCGCCGUGAUGAACAACCCAUGGGAGGGUUACCUGAGCGGCACGUACAUUCCAGAUACGGAGGAGGAUUUCUCAAACUGGGGUUCACCUCCAAAGGUGUAUUUCCCUUUCUCGGCGACGUUUUCGGAGGAAGAAGGAGAGUCUGACAUGGUGGAGGAGAUUGAAGCCGUGUGUUCGCCGGUCAAAACCCUAGCUUUGCCGAAAUCCAGGUGGUCUUUGUUUAGGCGUCCUGCCCCCUUGAAAUAUUAUCAAAUGCUGAGCUCUCUUACUGUGGAGACUUUAAUUUCAUAUCCUGAUGAUGUUUCCCUCGUUUGUGAGGAAAAUUGGGACGACGUUGUUCGUUAUUGUGGUCCAGAGGCCCCUGUGAGGAAGCCUGCGUACUCUCCUGCAAUGUUGGUCUUCUUGAAUGGCCUGCUCCCUUUUCCAGAAUAUUGGCAGUCCAUAGUCGCGUCACCGUCCGACGGCAAACGCCGAACUUGACAGCAGCAGCCUGAAUUCUGCCCCGUUUUGGCUUUCCACCUUGGCUGUCUUCAAGAACAAACUGCACGAUCGAGUUUCUAUCGCCUGUUGAUAGAUCUUUUCGCCCCAUUUUUUCUGUUUUUGAAUGGUUUAUUGUGGCAAAAAGUAGGCUGCCACAAUUUCACAGUUUUUGAAGUGUAAUAGCCUUGUGUAGUGAAAUGGCAGAUUUUAUAGAACUUGGCAGUGAAUUUUGGUGGGAAUGUUGAAA